AUGUGGAAAAGUCAUUCGUUUUUGCACGAUUUUCUUUCAGCCCAACGAUGUAUUUGUCGCAAGUGCCGUCUGCAGAAGUGCAUGAACGUAGGAAUGCUGCCAGAAGGUGUCCAAAACAAGCGCGAUCCUAUUAAUCCACGAAUCUGCGAGAAGAUAGAACCGGAGAAGUACACGAACGUUAUGACAUCGAAUCCAUCGGAAAACGAGAGCGUUGUGAGUUCAUUUUUCCAUUCUCAUCUUCUAUCUUAUCUAUCUGUAUUGCUUAUUAUUCAUUGA